CCACCGCGUUUCCUAGAAAGUUGUAUCAGCGUGGCCAUGCAAUGCUAAGACGGUUCGCCUGCUCGAAACACGAAUGUGUGCCGGAGGAAGUAGCGUGGUGGUGAAGAUUCCACCUCGAAGACGCCGCGAAACCCCCCACACCUCAAGGGGGUUUUUUUGGGUUCGCUGUUAGCGGGGAGCUCUGUCCCCCUCCUGCUGCAGGUUUAAAGGGGUGCCGGAGCAGGGAAAGGGAGACAUGGAUCUGGCGCCCUGCUCUACCAGGGCAUUUCGUACUUCGCCCCCCAUCGUCAGGGUGGGUACAGAGGGGAGCCCACAGCUCCUUGCAAUAAGAAAAGGAGAGGGAAAUUCAUCGUGACGAACUCCCUCAGAAGGCAAGUGUGGAGCGGUUUUAAUUUGAUUGCUGGAAGGAAGCAAAAGAGAAGCUGUCAUUUGUGUCUGUGUGUCCCUAUACGAGGGCCUCCUGGUUCCUUGUUAGCUUAUAGAGAGGGAAAAAAAAAAAAAAAAAAGCGCGUUUGAUGUUACGUCUGACCAGCUGCUGUUCUCCAUAAUAACAAGAGAGAGAGAGAGAGAGCUGCCUGCCCUGGCGAGUUGCGUCACUUCGCUUCAACUUUAGGCUAGAAAUCAAGAGAGGGAGAGACAAGUUUCGAGGGAGGCAGGAGCGAGCUGGAAAGCCCUGCCGUCUUCCUCCCACCCACCUACCCCUCCUCCUUUCCCCCUCUCCUUUCCCCACCCCCUUCCCCCCCUCCAAAAAAAGAAAAAAAAAAAAGAAAAAAAAAAGGAAAAAACCUUUCCCAUCAGAGAAAGAGGGAGAUCUCUUUGGAAACAUGGAGCUGCUGUGCUGCGAGGUGGAUCCCAUGAGGAGAGCUCUGCCUGACCCGAACUUGCUCUACGAUGACCGCGUUUUGCACAACUUACUAACCAUAGAGGAAAGGUAUCUGCCCCAAUGCUCCUACUUCAAGUGCGUCCAGAAGGACAUCCAGCCCUUCAUGAGGAGGAUGGUGGCCACUUGGAUGCUGGAGGUCUGCGAAGAGCAGAAGUGCGAAGAAGAAGUUUUCCCUCUGGCCAUGAAUUACUUGGACAGAUUCUUAGCUGUGGUGCCCACUCGGAAGUGCCAUCUGCAGCUGCUGGGGGCAGUGUGCAUGUUCCUGGCCUCCAAGCUGAAAGAGACAAUCCCCCUCACAGCCGAGAAGCUGUGCAUAUACACGGACAAUUCCAUCAAACCCCAAGAGCUGCUGGAAUGGGAGCUGGUGGUGCUGGGGAAGUUGAAGUGGAACCUUGCAGCCGUCACCCCACAUGAUUUCAUUGAACACAUCCUAAGGAAGGUGCCUCUCCCUAAAGACAAGUUGCUUUUGAUCCGGAAGCAUGCACAAACCUUCAUCGCCCUUUGUGCCACAGAUUUUAACUUUGCCAUGUACCCACCAUCAAUGAUAGCAACUGGAAGUGUGGGAGCAGCCAUCUGUGGCCUUCAGCUCGAUGAUGGGGACAGCCUCACGGACCUCCUGGCCAAGAUCACAAACACAGAUGUGGACUGCCUUAAAGCUUGUCAGGAACAGAUUGAGGCGGUGCUCGUGAACAGCCUGCAGCAAGUCCGGCAGCAGCAGCAGCAGAGCAACCCCUCCAAGACAGUGGAUGAACUGGACCAGGCCAGCACUCCCACAGAUGUGAGAGACAUCAACCUGUGAGGACAUCGGCACACAAAGUCACGCUUGCUCCCCCAGCCCCUUUAUUUUUGUUAUUAUUUUUAGAGUGAAUUUUUUUUUAAUCUGCUCCCACAUAGAACAUAUUUAAAGCUCUUUUAGGUAUAAAGAAAAACAAAAAAAAAAGUACAAAAACUGAAUAAUGAAAAAAAAAAGCAUUUGGUGCCUGUGAUGUUCUACAGAAGGGAAUCCCACAAUAUAUUUGGUAAUUGCUAUUUGAUUAUGUAUCAGUGGUAUUAAAUGCUUAUAAAAGCAUACAAAGUAGCUAGAUCAAUGUAAGCCUGCAUUUGUGGGAACAAAGUAGAGUAUACUUGUCUGUGUAUUAUGAACUAGUGCAUACACCCCUUUUUUAGAUUUAAGAAAGGAAUCGUGUGUGCGAUUUUGUGGCUUGACUAGAUUGCAAAGCAAUAGAAUAAGGGGUUUAGGGCAAAGUGGGAAAAGAUCCCUGAAGCAAUUGAACUAUUUUGAAUGCAGAAGAGAUUUGCUGAUCUGUCACCUCUGUUAUUAGUCAGAAGUGUUUGUUGGAUCUCUGUAUGUUAGUUUUGUUUACUCUUGCUGUCUGUGGUAGCUGCUACCUAAGAAAGAAGAUGCUUUAUUUUACCAGCCAGAAGAGCAGGUGUCUUUUGGGCUUUUUUUUUUAGUUGAUUUUUUUCUUUUUUUCUUUUUUUUUUCCCCCCAACUUCCCUUCUCAACUUUUUAUCUACUUUUCCUUCCAAAAUGGUUCAUUCUAAACACAGCAGCAUCUUUGGCAUGAGGGCAAUUCUGUUUUCCCAGCCGUGGGUCGAGCCAAAGUUCCCACGUGUUCACACUCAGUGGUGGGAAUGCACGCAUUAAUCCCGACCUGUUGGCUGGGCAGACCACCUCCAACCUUUGGAUUGCAAGAUAUGGUGGAUCAUCUAGGAAAAGCAUUAUAUUCCUUUACAGUGCUAAUGCUUCACAUCCAUGUUAACGUCUGGCAGCUUCUUAGCUUGGCCACAAAGACAUUUAAGUGAUGCUCUGUCCAUCUUCCCUUGUAAUAGCUCCUCACUGUGUUAAAGAAGAUGUGGUUUGGUUUUCUCCCUCAUCUCUCUUCCCCCCCACCUCCCCCCACACUUUUUCAGCAUUUCAUUAACUUUAUUGAUCCACAGUGAGUGUUUUUGUAAACCAUUUCAUUCGAAAAGCACUUUGAAAAUUGUUCCUAAGGGAUUAAAUGAGAUGGUUUAUGACAAUUUUGCCGAGGAAAGAAAAACAAAAAAAGAAAAAAGUUAAAAAAAAAGAAAAAAAGAAAAGGAAAAAAAGAGAAAGAAGUCACAAAAGCAAGGCUUUGUAUAGCUUUUUAUAGUCAAUAUUUUCCAGUAUCUGGUGUACUCGGUUAGCUGCGGUGUUGCUGGAAAUACCAACACCCGCUUCAGAUGACAUUCCUGUCAUGACAUUCCGGAUAAAAGCCUGACCAUCUGUAUUGUUCAGUGUCACAGAAGGAUCUUAAUACCACCUGCAUGUUUAUCUAUGGACAAGGAAAGAAAAUUGCUGGUGCAACAGCCAUGGUGGUAAACAUCGAGGUGCGUGACUUGGAGUUUUAUUACAAAGGUGUAUUCAGUGUACUUGAAUUUAUUUUCCUGCUCCACCUGUAACGAAGAGGCAUUUAGAUGGCAAAGGAGUUGGAGCAACUUUUGGUGUUUGUUUUUUUUGGGUUUUUUUUUUUUUUUGUUUGGUUGUUUUUUGUUUUGUUUUGGGGUUUUUGGGGGGUUUUUUUUGUUUGUUUUUUUGGUUUUUUUUUGGUUUGGUUGUUUUUUUUCACAAUUGUAUUAACAGUUUGCAGAUACCCAAUAUGAAGCUGUUGGUUGAAAUGUCAAUGUUUGCAUUUUUAACACAAAAAUCCAGAAAGAACAUGCUACUUCGAAGAAUAUUAUAUGUAUGGACUCAGCCUGUUUGGCUAGAUGAGGGUAGAAAAUGGAGUAAGAUUCUAAGGUUUUGGGUUUUUUGGUUUUGGGGGGUUUUUGGUUUUUUUUUUUUUUUGCGCUGCUAAGAAGCUAUGAUUUGUUUCAUUCUUAUUCACAUUAACAGUACUUAGCUGUAUUGUUUCACUGAGUGUGCUGCUAUUUUAUAAACAUUUUUAUAAUAUAUUAUUUUACUGCUUAAAUUUCAAAUCCUGAAGUAGAUGGUUAAGUGGAGAUAUGAUGAGUUCUUUGAUUUACUGGAAAUGCCCUGUACAGGUUUUUUUUUUUUCCUAAUAGCGUGUUCAUGAUUACUUUUUUUAUUUUAUUUUAUUUUUUCCUUCUUCUUCCUUUUUUUUUUUUUUUUUUUCCCAUCUCCUUCCUUCCUGAUCAUAUCCUGCAAAGAUGGUAUACUUACCUCAGGUUUGCUGGACAAGAAAUGGUUCCCAUUUUCACAAUACCUCACACAGUGACAGUUUGGUUGCCCCGGGGCCCGCCGGGGAGAGGUUGCAAGCAGCCGAGGCGGGGCACUGGCUCCUUUUUGGUCUCUGGUAUUCUUUUCAUAGUGGAAAAAAUGCAUUGACUCUCCACUGGUGAGCAGGUCUGUCCUCCCCAAAGCUGCUGCUGGGCACAGCUUUGGCCUCGCCUCCUGCCUCGAUGUUCUGCGUUGGGAGCACCUGGAAUUCUGCGGCGGUGUCUCUGUCCUGGAGGAAAAAAGUAGCUGAUGCUGUUGAUGCAAGACUGCAGAGCCACACACAGAUCAGAUCAGAUCAGGUCAGGUCAUUCCUUGGCAGCCCUGCCCCGUGGCUUCAUGGGGAGCUGUGCCAGAGGGUCCUGAUGGUGGGGUGACCUCUCUAAGCGUUGGCACAGUGUCCAUCGUGUUGGCGUGGUUUGCUCUGUGCCGUAGGCCAGGUGUAGGCAGGACCUAUGUUUAGGGUGCCUGCCCCUGGCUCUUUGUCCAACCUCCUGCACACCCCGGUCCCACAGCAGCCACGGAUCACAGGGAUGAUCCCUGCAGAGGAUCACAGGGGUGAUUCUGCCGUGGAACACAGGGCUGAUCCCUGCCGUGCAACACAGGGAUGAUCCCAUGGUGUCACCCCUGAAGGGUGACAGAACUGAAGGGGCAGGGGCUGAGGGCCACCUCUGUGGUCAGCUCCUCUACAGAGGGUGAGGGCGAGCUGUGCUGGAAGGGGCAGUACAUUCAGCAUUCCCAGUCCCCUGCAGGCUCCUGGUGGGUCUGUGUGUGUCCCCACCAGGGUGAGGAGCAUCCUCGGUUGCAGUGAGGUGCUCAGCAAGUGCCAACCCUCUGGGUACAGUGUACUGUAUGUUUGAAGGGUGCAAACUCUACAACUUGAGUGCUUUCACAAUAGCUUUCAGAGUAAAAUGACUGCCUAGUACUCUCUUUUAACAGAUGUUAAAGGAAGUGUGUUGUUACUGCAAAUGAGGUGUGAGAUUUUUCCCCCUGGAUUGCAGAAAUAGUAAACCUCCCAAUUGAUUGAUUAGAGAACAAUAGAAAAUGUGUUGCUGAUUCUGCCUUCCCGAGUACCAAAGGAUUGGUACAGUUGCUAAAAGCGUUUCUCUCUCAGCUUCCUAUUGAUGGUACUUUGAUGAUCUUCUCCUCCUUCCCAUUACUGUAGUGUAGGAACACCUCAUAAUGUAUUUAUUUGUAUUUCCAACAUGCUUGUGAAAGAGAAAAAUAACGAUUAAUCCCAUGUCAAUGUUGAUGAUUUAUGGUUGAGUAAUUGGACAGCUCUUAAUUACUCAGCAAACCACCUGGCCACUGGAUUUUUUCCACUAUGUUUAUUACCAUGUUCUCAUGUACCUCAGAAAUCACUCUCGGUUGCACAGUUUCUGUUCUCAAACUUUUUUGGGUUUUAUUUUGGUUUUAUUUUGGUUGGUUUAUUAUUUUUUUUUUUGCUUUAUUGUGUGAUGCCAUAUCAAGCCAGCGUUAUUCUCUCACAAAUGUGCUCUUUAAGAGGUGUGGAUGUUUAUGUGGUCAGGGGAUGCUAGGAAGUGUGGUAGUAGACAUCAGUGUAAACAAAAGUAUUUAGAAAGUACAUGAGGUUGUUUUUGAUGGAUAAGACUCUGAUAUGGUGUAGUCUUGAUUGCCUUUUAAAAGGUCUUUGUUCAGUGUUGUCAUUUUUAUUAAUAACCUAUUGUUUUGACUAGUUUAAAGAUGGUUCUAAGAAAAGUGUUUUGGCGGGAUUAGGUAUGCUGUAUGGACAAUAAACUCACCUUGACCUAAAUUUA